GUUCGACUUCGGCUUAUUCGAUUACUCAUUGCUUUUUCAAUAUUAAUUGUCAUUUACAAUAAAUAAAAAGAAUGAAGUAUGAGUUAAACUGUAGGAAACUUGGUUGCACUCUCGCACAGCUGUUCCCCAUAUUGUGUUGACAUUUUAAACAAUGCAAAUCUUAAGUCAAACAUCGCAGAACAGACUAAUAGAGCGGUUAUGGCAAAAUAUUUAGCUCAAAUUAUUAUACUUGGUAGCCAAGCAAUAGGUCGAGCGUUUGCAAAGGCAUUAAAACAAGAAAUAGCCGCCUCUCAAGAGGCUGCACGGCGAUCUGGCGGCGGCAGAAAUGGUGAAAAACGAGCAGAAGUCAAUGCAAGAACGGGCAUGACAUUAGAAGAAGCUAAGCAGAUAUUAAAUCUCAGUGAUUUGGAUAACAUAGAACAAAUUCAUAAAAACUACGAACAUUUACUUGCGGUGAAUGAAAAAGUUAAAGGCGGUUCUUUCUACUUGCAAUCCAAAGUAUUUCGUGCAAAAGAACGAAUAGAUCAAGAACUACAAUAUGUUUUAAAAGAUAAGCCAUCAGAAUCUGAAGAAAAAACCAGGCGACAGCAAUGAGAAAUACUUAAAUGUAAUGUGCUUUUAGGUUUCAUUUGCUAUUUUUAAUGUUAGAUGGAUAUGUAGCCGUUUACUUAAGUUCAAAAAAGAAAAAAUGAAUAUAUUACGAAAUAAUUUCUAUUCCUAAAGAUUAAAUCAGGGCUUUCUUUAUGGCAAUAAGGGAAAAAGAAGAAAAUUUAUGUUUAAAACUAUUUUGAAUAUUAGAUAGACGUACAAGACUGUUUUGUAAAUAUUUUUAAUGCUCUAUUUAAUUAAAAAUGUGAAAAAAAUUAAAAUGUU